AUGCUGUGCUCCUCGCGUCUUUUCUUCAGCGCCGCGGUACCACGAGUGCUUGUUGCCGGCGGUUUGGGCCAGAUCGGCACCGACCUCACCCUUGCCCUGCGCGAGAAGUUUGGCGCGGACUCCAUCCUUACGUGUGACGUGGUUCAGCCGCCCCCAAAUCAUCCGAUUGCAGGUACGAAGGGAUUCGAGAAACUCGACUGCAUGAACCGCGAUGCCUACGAAAAGUUGGUGAAGGAGUUUAAGCCGACAUGGCUGUUCCAUCUCCCAGCGAUCAUGUCCGUCCGCGGCGAGGCGGAGCCGCAGCUGGCACUGAACCUCAACAUCAACACGACGCGCUACGCCCUCGACCUCGCGCGCGACUACAAGAUGCGCUGCUUCAUUCCCAGCACCAUUGCCGCCUUCGGUGACAAGUGCGGCAAGGUGGACACGAAGGACGACACGAUCAUGAACCCCUCAACGGUGUACGGUGUCACCAAGGUCUUCACGGAGAUGAUUGGCACAUACUACCGCGAAAAGAUGGGUGUGGACUUCCGCUGCGUGCGCUUUCCCGGCAUCAUCUCUGCCGCGACACUUCCCGGCGGUGGCGCCACGGACUACGCUAUUCACAUGUACCACUGCGCGUUGGCACGCAAGAAGUACGUCUGCCCCGUCCUCCCCGAUGAGCCACUGCCAAUGUUGUACAUGCCGGACACCCUUGAUGGUGUCCUGAAGCUGAUGGAUGCGCCCCAAAGCAGCUUGCGGCGCACGGUGUACAACAUCAGCGGUUUCAGCUUUACCCCGGCACAGCUGAAGGCUAGCAUCGAGGCACACACGAAGCGCCCGCUGGAGGUGGAGUAUGUCGAGGGCUCUGCGCAGGGCAUUGCCCACUCAUGGCCUGACUCCCUGGACGACUCUAACGCCCGCCGGGACUGGGGCUACCAGGUGAAGUACGACCUGGAUAAAAUGACGGAGGACAUGCUCCGCCAGAUCCCGCGUCUCCACGGACUCCCGUCGCUGUAG